AUGAACCAGAUGGGAAAUCCGUCCGUCGCAUGGAAGCCAUGGGGAUCCUGGGAGGACUUUUUAUCCCCCUCGAACGCGUUGGAUCGUCCGCUUCCUGUCUGCCAUGAAUUCGAACUACGUGCCCAAUCCACAGCUGGCGGCCUAGAGGCGACCUGGCAGAAAGCAUACGGGAACACGUUUCGUAUCGGCGGAUGCUUCGCUCAAGACAUCCUGAUGACCGCCGACCCCAAAGCCAUCCAACAUAUCCUCCGAAAUUCUGGGUAUCGGUACCCCAAAACCAAGGACAUCGUGCACGUGUGGGAGCUGGCGGUGGGAAGAAGCGUCGUAGCUGCUGGAGGUUCUGCGCACCAACGCCAGCGAAGGAUUCUCGGUCCGGCUUUCUCACCUGGUCAGUUAAAGAAGUACGCGACCGUAUUCAAAGCCACUGGUAUUGAGCUCUGUGGGAAGAUCCGUGAACUCGUUAGUCAAGGCCCGACGGAAAUUAACAUGCUGAAAUUGACCGGUCGUGCUGCUUUGGAUAAUAUUGGUCUAGCCUCUCUGGGAUGUAAAUUUGGCGCCCUCGACGGCAGUUCGUCGGAAAUGGCAGACUUGAUUCGACGUUCAUUUACUACCCUCUCCAGCAUACCGCCAACUCCCCUUAUAGUCCUGGCUCCGGCUCUCUGGAGAUUUCUCCCAAAAUCGAUGUUAUUCAUCCUUGAUAGGAUACCUACUCCGGAAAUCAAGAUAUUCCGGAAGUUCAAAACGAUAUCAAGAAGAACCGCGCGCGAGACGAUCAAGACCGCUCACCGUGACGGUUCGAGGGAUCUUGCGACCCUUCUGGCCGAAGCAUCUGACAAGAAUUUAUUGGACGAGGAUGAGGUCCUCUCCCAGCUGGCAACGUUCACUCUAGCUGCUGAAGACACUGUAGCAUCUGCGAUCUCUUGGACGCUCUACGAGCUCAGCCGGUGUCCCGAGUAUCAAGCUCGUGUUAGAGAAGAAAUAAUCCGCUUAGAUGAUUAUGAGACCAUGCCUCUGCUUAACGCCGCCAUAAACGAAACACUGCGUCUACAUCCUCUCAUGUUCACUUUUUCGCGGUAUGCGGCUGAGAACGACGUUAUCCCAUUGAGUGAUCCGAUCACUACACGAACGGGAAUGACGUUGAAUGAGAUCCCCGUGGAGAAAGGACAGAUGCUGAUGAUUUCGGCAUAUACGUAUAAUCGGCUUUCCAGUGUUUGGGGAAAAGAUCCUGACCACUGGAACCCCGAGCGUUUCCUUCAGGAAAGGAGCACAGUUUCGGUUGGUCUACAUGAGAAUCUCCUGAACUUCAGUGACGGCGUUCAUGGAUGUAUCGGAUGGAAGUACGGAGUGAUCCAACUGCAAGUUAUCCUAGUGGAACUUCUCAAGUCAUUCGAGUUCCUCAAUUCCGAGGUUGAGAUCCUCAACGGGAGUGCUUUUGUGGGUUUGAUACCCGUCGUCAAAGGACGAGAACAAGAAGGGAUGCAAGUGCCCGUGAUCGUUAAGGCAUCGAAAUAUUGA